AUGGCAGAGCUGGAUGCACUUCUACAUGAAAUGGGCAUUGCAAAUAAAGAUAGUAAUACUGCACAAAAUGAGACAGCUGACAAGAAGCAAUUGGAGCAAAGUAGUGAAGGGGAGAAGAAAGAAAGUGUUGGUGCUCCUUCAGAGAACAGAAUCUUAAAGAAGAAGAAAUCCAAGAAAGAAAAAUCAUCAAAGGAACAGGAGGAGCAUGAUCAAAAUCAGGAGAAAGGAGACAUUGAAGCUGAAGUGGUAGAUGCAACUGUAGUUGACGUAAAGGAAAGGAUAAAGAAGGUGACCUCCAUGAGGAAGAAGAAAUCAAGCAAAGAGAUGGAUGUCGAACAAUUGAAUAAAAGGGCUUCUUACUUGAUGUAA